UGCCUGCCCGACGAUACGGUCGCUCCGGGUUAGGUCGCGGUGUGAAAAUACCCUUUUCUCGCUGCAAAACCAGCUCGGGAUAUCGUCUCGUGCGGGAACGUCGCUUUCUCUCCUGCGCCCGCCGGGCGCUCGCGGCGCCCUUCCGGGUUCUUCCUCGUCAGGAGAGAAAAAAAAAGUGAGCGCGGGGUAGCACGUGCAUCACCGUGCGAGAGGUAGCCGAAGAGGGGACCUGUUCUUGGAAGCUGUCGACAAGUAACAGAGUCACGUGGCGACAGAGCCUGGAGGGUGAAGGACGCCGCUCGCAGGAGAUGCAGGAGGCCGAGGCUCCAGCUCUCGCCAAUCAAGAUACUGCGGCUUUGAAGACGUCACGAGAUCGCUGUGAGCCGAGCGUCGUGAAUCAACGGCUGGCAUACGGACGUCUUUAUGCCGGCAGUCAGUGUCGGUCAGCAGGAAGUGACGAGAGGCGGAACCUAGGGAUCCUCCUUUGAGAACAGACAAGAUUGAAAUACACAGCCGUCAGGAUGUUGCGCAACAACAUGAUAACGUCCUUCGUGAAGAAGAUUGUAACGACGCAGCCGGAAGCCGGUGCAUCAGGAUCGGUUACGCCAGAAGAGAGCGGCAAGACUCUGAGCAAAUUUUGGCAGCUAGGGAACAUCAUAGCGACGGGAAACGUGACGAAGCCGACCAAGGUGGAGGACACUCAGGCCAAGGAGGAGUCCUCCACGAUUGAAACUCUGAAAUCAAAGUCGGAAACGGGUGGCAAGAUAAGCAGCGGAGACGACUGCAGAAUAUGCCGGAGGUCCUUCGCUCCCGAGGAAGUCUCGCGAACUUGUUGCGAGUGUCAACACAAGGUCUGCGAGGACUGCGCCUCGUAUUCAACGACAACGAAUUCCGACGAUCCGUCUUCCUGGCGAUGUAGCGUCUGCCGACGAAAGAUCGCCUCGAGGGACCAGCCAAUCGUGACACAGGAAUCCACGGAUUCGCUGCUAGACGUGCCGAUCUUGGAGGCUCUCCAGAGGAGGCACAGCGACGCCCGGCUCGGUCCCACCGGAAGUCAAAUCGGCGCGCUCGGAAGCGGACUGGCGCCGCCGCGAAGUCCGGAGAUCCGUAGGCACUCCGACGUUUCGCCGGCCAGCCUCAAGGAGCUCGAGAAGUUUCGAAAGGUUGCAGGGGAGCGCCGCGAUGAUCUCAGAUGGGACCUGGACCGGAAGAGCAAAUCGAGAGGUGGCUCACCCGAUCGCCAUCAAGCCGACAGAGGCAGAGCGACCAGCCCUCAAAGGAUGCCGGCUCAAGCGGGUGCGAUCGAGCAGGAAGGCGGCGACCCGGAUGAAGAGGAGGAACGUCGGCGUCGCGCUCGCCGCGGUGGCGGCACGAUUCGCCGUAAAUCGCACGUGACCAGGCAGAGAUCCUACGACGACGAAAUCAAAACCGCGGCCGCGAUGACCGGCGGCGGCGCGCAGUCCGUGCACCCCGACACCGGCCUAGGUCUUCCGAUUCAGCUGCCGAGACGAGCAUCCGCUUACGACGUUUACGCCACACCCGGGGGCAGCGGCCUCAACGCGAUGGCCAUCGCCGCCGCCCAGCAAAGAGCAUCGGCGCAAGGCGCUCGAGAAUCUGAAGAGCGCCACCAGGCGCGCAGGUCCUCCUUCCGCGCGGUGAAGCCCUACGAGGUCGCGGCGGACGAGGAGAAAAUGAUUAAACUGGACUCGUCACCCGCAUCCGCAGUGGUACCAGCUGUAGCUCAACCUCUGGUACCUGACGAAGAGAGGCGCACUCGACGAAGAGGCUCCCAAUUACCCGAUAUAAACGCGAUAAGGGCGUUGACAUCGGCACCAGGAGCGGCAAAAGGCGCUCCUCCGACGGCAGUUAGCAGGGUGACGGCUGAGGAACGCGAACUACCUAGGCAAGGCAGUCUGGUCGAUGGAGAGGGCAUCAAGAUCGUCAUUCAUGACGUCGACAGUGAUGUUGCUCCGCGGCUGAAUGCGAAGAGGAGAGUGAAACUGAGAAGGGAUCCGGUCAUGGACAAAGGGCACAGAACGCGCGGAUUCGGCAUGAGGGUGGUGGGUGGUAAGACUGGAUCGGACGGACGCACCUUCGCGUGUAUCGUUUGGACCGUGCCGGGCGGCCCCGCAGAGAAAGCCGGCUUACAGCAAGGCGACAAGGUAUUGGAGUGGUCCGGCGUGUCUCUGAUCGAUCGGAGCUUCGAGGAGGUACAGCAGAUAAUCGAGCGGACUGACGAUGUGGCCGAAUUGGUGGUGGAGCACACGACCGAUAUCACCGGGGAUCUGCUGGAUGAUCCGCAGUCCGGCAAAGCACCGACGAAUUUGGGCCUUUUGAUGGAAACCGAAACGGAGAAGGCGCCCUCGUCGCCAACGCGCAGGAAACUGCCAAAGACGCCGGAGCAAAUAGCGAAGGAGAGGCAGGUGACCGGUCGCAUACAGAUCCAAGUUUCGUACGAGGCGGAACGUAAAGAAUUGAUUGUCUCGGUUUUUAUGGGCGACGACCUAUGCGCCCGGGAAGACACUGGAUUCGGCAGCUUGCCGGAGGCUUUCGCCAAGCUUGUCCUUGUUCCACCGUGCGGCGAUGCAACUCCACUGAGGACUAUAGUGGCCGAACCGACCCAGAAACCAAUCUGGAACGCUACAUUGUUCUUCACCGGAGUUGCCGGCGAGAGCCUGAUGGAACGUGCGAUCGAGGUGACUCUCUGGGAUUAUUGUCCUGAUGGCGAUAAUGUGUUCCUUGGUGAAUGCACCGUCCAUGUUCAGCGAGCGCUCGAAAAUGACAGAGCGGUCUGGUAUCGAUUGGAGGAUCCGCGCGGACUUCGAACGGGCAAAUCGCCGUAUUGUUCACCGCGUGGCUCGCUGUCGAUGGACGUCGCGCAGAGGCUGCUGAGGAAGGAACUGCGCGAUCGUAGCUACAGCGACGACACGCAAAGCGACAGUGGUAGCCCAGAAUUCGGCUUCCUGCACCCGGACCACGCCUGGCACGCCAAUUCCAGACGCGGUUCCAGUCAGUCCGAGCAGCUCGAGGUCGAGCCUUAUGAGCUCAAUCGGGAUUACAGCAGAUCCUUGCCGGGUAGCCGCAGGAGCAGUUUCCAAAGUCAGGGUGGCACCGAUAGCAAACGUGGAAGUAUGGGUGAAGUCGACGUGCCUGUAUAUUACAAUCGCGAUCGACGACGAAGCUCAUUCACCAGACCUAUGAGGGAUCCAGAGGAGAUCAUGGAAGGUUUGCGAUCCCUUAAAGCGGUCAAAGGCGAGCUCAGCAGGACUAUGAGUCUCACCGGUGACAAGAGACGCGGCAGCCGGCGGGGUGAGCGCAAAGACAGCGUCAUAGAGAUUCCAGAGAGAUUUUACGAUAGGAACAGCGAAUCCGACGAGGACGAAAAAUGGAGUCAGUCGGCGGGAAAUGAAAAUGGCGUCGACAUAAAACUGGGUUGCGGACAGGUGCUGCCUAAGGGAUAUAAAAUGAUCAGUGGUGCGCAAAAUGGCGAAGUGAAACUGGGCUUCUUUCUCUGCAAGGGAACUCUCGAAGUCGAAGUUAUCUGCGCCAGAGAUAUUUGUCCCGGGGAGAAGGAGGAGCCAGACACCUACGUGAAGACGUAUUUGCGCGACGGCGAAAGGUGGCUGCAGAAGCGCAAGACUCGCGUGAUACGACACUCGAAGAACCCGCAAUACCGCCAGACGCUCAAGUAUGGCAGCUGCGACGCGCUGGGCAGAGACCUGCUGGUGAUGCUGUGGGAGAAGAAGCAAGGCUUCGAGAGCAAUCAGGGAUUGGGUGGCGCCGAGGUAAACCUCGACCUUCUGCCGCUCACGCAAAUGACCAUCGACUGGUAUCCGCUCUUCCCGAUCCACACCCUCGGUACGCAGAACGCGGACUCGCCAUGAUGGUUAAGGGAAAAGUGGGCCUUGGAAGCCGGCGAGCUCGACCUCAGACUGAGCCUUUUGCUCAAAGACGAGGGCGAGCCCGUCGUCAAAAUCAUCUCUUGAUGGAAAUGGUGGCUGAUCGACUUCGCCGACACGAUCUCGAGGCACCGGUGUUUCUUUUUAUUGUCGCAAGUUCGUGAAUGAUGCGACGAAAUGCGCGUUGUUCCAAAAGGCGUCGACGUGCCCUCGGUCUUUCCCGUGUUUUCAGUACGGCUUCUCAAUCGUAACUGGGAAGAAGUCCUGUUUUCACGUUUUCAGAUUUAUUCGCGUGGAAAAGCUUGUUCCAUUCCGUUGAUCACGGUAAAAAUAUGCUCUGUGUAUGUUGUCUUAUUACGUUAGUCGACGUUUUCAUUUCUUCCGUUCGCAACGAAUAAGAUAGCAUUAUAAGAACGGAUUAAUCCCCGCGUAUCGAGUCGAUUAAUUAAUGGUUUAUAAUUAUUUAAUAAUAAGCACACGUAAUAAGUAUUAGAAACCAGUUAAUAAUAACCAAAAUAUCUGACACUUCAUUAUUUGUUCAUCAUUAUUUGUCAACACACUUCCAGUAACGAAUGAAAGAGGCAAGAAUAUUCCUGUAAUUAGAGCUGAAAUCAGAGAAAGAAAACUAACAUAUAUUUUAAAAUAACAAUAUUGAGAGAAUGUCGCGAAAACUAGUGAAAUCAGUCAUUAACACGGGAAGAUCGAUCACACAUUGCGCGCGACAGAGCCGAUUGAGAAAAUCGCUAAUCACGUGUAGCGUGAAUAACCGGAAGACAAUCAACUUCAGAUGGUUCUAUUAUACAGUUCAAGAAGACAAUCAAUUUUGAGAAUUGUGAAGACGUAAAAAAAUACGCAUGCGUUCAACUCGCGCUUAUGGAACGACGUCACCGUCGCCGCGUUUCGUCUCGGGAAGAGAGUGCAGAAGAACGCGCAUAAACAACUUCCAAAGAGUUCCUUCGAUUAGCGCCUUUCAAGAUCCACGGGUGCCUCGUGAAUGUUCGCGGUGAUUUUAACGGUAAAGGUAUACCUGUGCAAAUAUGUCAGACGACAAGCAAUCGAGUACAAUAUAAAGAGAACGAAAGAGAAUGUAAAGAAAGAAAUGUAGAGAAAGAGAGAGAAAAAGAAGGACGGAGAGAUUAUUUUUUCGGCGAUUAACUAUGGAAAUGAUGAUAGUCAUGUAUCUUGAUAACGUGUAUCCCGACGAGAUGACGAGGGUCCAUUUUUCCCGAAACGAGGAUAAUAUCGGCGAAAACGUCGACUACGUCGAAGCGAAGCUCGAUCGACAUCUGCCGCCCGCGGCGGCCUCAUCUGGUUGAUCCAGUCAGUGAUUCGAUCGAAUUUCGUACGUACUAAUUCAAAUAUCGAUAUUAAAGGAUCAACAAUGCUUUGAUCUUUCCCACGUCGAUGAGGCACAUUCGAGAUUCGCGUUUCCUGUUUUCAUUUAACGCAGACACACGAUUUGGAGCGCGGAAUGAAAAUUUGCCGUACAUUGUUACAAAUUUCCGUCUUAACAGACCAUUAAUAUAUAAUUGUAUAUUAAAUCGAAUUUGAUUUUAUCAAGCGGAUUUUAUCAAGCGGAUUUUAUGAAGCUUUUCAAAGCGGAAAAGUUCCAUUUUUCUAAUUCUGACAAUUUUACCGAUUGAAAAAUAUUAUAUCAACGUUGCAAGUCAUUUCGCAAAUUGUAAACCAUGACGUUGCGAAAGAACCGUACAUUGUAAAAUAAACUUUCACUUCGGACUGUGAAUAUAACAGGAAAAUAUUUUCUAGAAUUUUUUAGACACAAAGCCCGCGUUCCAGAAGAGCGAUAGCGAGAAGAUAGGAAACGCUCGCACGGAGUGCCUCGAUCGAUGUUAAUUGCUUUAACUAUAUAACGGUAGACAAUCGUUCCAAGGCUCGCUGGCCGAGCCGACGGCAAAAAGAGCAAUUUAGCGAGGUGGUGGCGAGACGAGCGGAUUAGACGAGGGGGUGUAACUUUGCAGCCAAUCUGAAUAAUAACCAACCAACCAAAAACUCGGUGUUUUAGAAGUCGCACAAUUUUUGUAGCUCGUAGACUGAUAGCAGGACAGACAAGCGGUUCCUUCGACGUUUCUCAGAUAAUAUCGACGUCCCGUUUCCGUGCGGCAUCCCGAGGAUCACGAUGGCUCCGCCAAGCAAUUCAAUUCCAUUCCAAUCGACUGUCGGGAGAAAGGAGGGACGUAAUGAGAAAGGUUAACGCGCGAAAUUCCAACUUCGAGCUUAAUCAGCCGGCUUGGUGAUCCUCGGGACGCGUUAUUGUGAAUGUUUAAAUCCACAGUGUCCCGCGAUGGGGUUAGGAAUUGUCCAGGAUUAAUUGCGCUUACCCCGCCCGAGUAAUUAGAGAUAGGUGAUAAACGUGAUAAUACCGUACAGAGUUAAUUAAUGGCACCUUCACGAUGAAUUACGUCUAACGAGAGAUUGAAGUUUACGGAUUUAUUAUUAUAAUCGAGUGUGGUGUGUGCGCUUACGCGUGCGAACGGAGAGACGCGACGAUACUCUAAGUUAAGUGUUGUGUGCGUGUAUAACGGUAACCUCACGGCGUCGAGAUCGACCCGGGACGUGUGUACAUGCAUAUAUAUAUAUAUACAUCGUUUAAAUACGUGUAUAAUAAUGUAACGAUAUAUAGCGUAUCUGUGUAUGUUAAUAUGUAGAUACGUGCUAUAUAUUAUUAUACGCUCCGCACAAGAAGAAAGAACUGUAGACGAAGGAUAAUCAAAACAUGUACAUGUGUUUAAACGAUAAGGAUAAAUGGACGGUGUUACUGUCCCAUAUCAUUAAACUCGAUGUUAAACGACGUAGAUGUUUAAGGGAUGUCAACGAAAGUGCAAUCGAAGAUUUAUUUUCGCAAGUCGAAAUUCUUAACGACCAUAUAUGCACGUUGCAAUUCUCAAUUACGAUUGCAUUGUUAAUUCAUUGUUUUAUUUCCCGCGUAUGUUCUCAUUGAUUGAUACCUUCUUUUAUAAGAGUUGACUGUAUAAAAUAUCAAAAGGCUUCUUAGGAAAACAUUUGUUCAUCCGAGGCUCGAAUAAUUAGAACGUGUAUUGCGACUAAGAUUCCUUUGUAAGGUCUCUGAAGACGGAAGACUUUUAAUUGCGAACAAAAAGACGCACGGAGCUGAAUCGCGAGCGCCCGAGCACACGAAGAAAGUAACUUUUUAACUUAAAACACUGAACGUGGAAGUAUAUCGGCCCGAAAAGACAUUUAAAUAUGGUUGUGCUGUUCACACUUCUUGUCGAUAUAAUCGCUUCAUCGGUCUCUCGCCUCGAACGCCAAGUGACGUGUCUCACCGAGAGAGUUAUAACGAGACGGUUGUGCCUUUGCGAGGGCUAAGUCAGACGUAUCGCGAAAAACGAUCGUGUUCCCACGAAAGGAAGUCUAUAAUCGGCCUAGAAAUAUAUCACGAAUAAUCCGAAUUCGAUUUUUGCCGCGUUACUCGCGAGAUAUACACACCAUAGCGCGACUGUAAUAUUCAAUCGCAUGUAAUAUCUUGAGUUGUACAUUUUUAAUGACACCGAAUAUUCGACACAUAGGGGGGUCAUUAAUAUCUCAAGUAUCAAGUUAGUAAAAAAUUAUUACUUAAACAACCGAAAUUGUUGAUUUUCCAUACGGAACGUCGUUGGUUAUAUUUCAAUAGAAGAAGAAGGAAGUAAUCUCGGGAUAAUCUUAACAAACUACGUAAUCAGAAAAUACAAACGCGGACAAAUAUCAAGCGAACGAGUUAUUCGUGGCGUAAAAAAGAGUCGGUAAAACUUUCGGCGAGAAAGUAAAAGGAAAAAAGAAAUCGAAUUAAUUCUCGUACGGACGCAGAAUCGCGGAUCUUCGUCGAAAGUUUCCUCAUACGAAGAUUAUCGAAUGGACAAUCCUCUCGUACGAAAAUGCAAUUAUCUACUAUUUUAAAACGAAAGACUUCUCCUUCGUAAGUAACUGAGCGCGUUCUAGGCACGUUUUCUACUAGCCUUCGAAGUGACUUAAUACUACUAUUACUGCUAUUUCUAUUACUACUACGAUUGCUAUACUUAACGUUAUCGACACCGUUAUUACUAUUAUCACUAUCCAACGCUGCUUAUUCUCCCUUCUGGCUAUACUAAAUGCUAACACAGCACUUGCAAGAUCAAGAGAAACGAGAAUCUACAUUUUAUAGCGACACUAAUUCUUCAAUCUAUUAACGUCAACGACGACCUUUAUGAUCAAGUUAUGGAUAACGCUUUGCUCUCUGAAUUAUCGUUUUACGAAUAAUCAAUCGAGUGAAAUCCAGCAUCCUCUGAGUUUAAAAAUGUUGUAAAAUUAAAAAAAAAACUAGUGCAAAAAAUUUCUUAAAAAGUAUAAAAAAUAGAACUUUUACAUUCUAUACAUUCUCUAUAUACUGUGUUAUAUGUAUAAUUAUAACUAAUCACGAUCGUAGAAAGAAAUACUUCUAGAGUGAUUUCAAAAAUGUUAGAAUGAAAACAAUUAAUUUUUCUCUUGAGAUAAGAAGAAUAUAUCAGCACAUCUGAUUAUAAAUAUAAAUAUCGAAAAUACUGUUAAUCUAAAAAAACUCAAUAUCCUAAUUAAAUCGCUAAUUAGAGAGCAAAGAGUUAACUGCUCGUUGUGUAACUGCUCGUUACACGCUAUGCUUCACACUUCUCGCGUAUUUCUGAAAGUCUUCUAAUAGCCGACGAGGAGCUCGAGCUUAUAUUACAAUGAAAUCUAGACACACUUGAAUAGAGUGAAACUGCGAUUUUUUCUACAACACAGAACGCUAGCAUUUUGAAACGUAGAGAAACUCGAGUCUGCCUCACUACUUUAAUGUCUACUCACGUACGACAAAGAUGUAUAUUAACAUGACAUCCACCCACACGUGCACAUACACACACACAUACACGAUUCACACGUAUACUUAUUACAUUAUACGUUAUGUAUCAACCUUGACAAUCGAAAAUUAUUAAUUCGAAUUUACGCUACGAAUCUCUAGACGAUAAAUAUGUUGUACUUACUACAAUUCGUACCGGAGAAACCGUAUGUAAAAUAAUCCUAGAGUCGAGCACACGUCGGCGAACUAUUGCAUAACUGUACAUUCGAUAUGUAUUAUAUAUUGUCAUGAUCGAUCAGUUGCGGGCAAGAACGUUUCUAGAAUUAAUUCGGGAGAAAUAGAUUAGAAGCAAGUGAUUCUCCGACGAUCCAAAUGAGGAUAAUUAGCGCGAUUGAUCGCCUCGUCGAGAACGCUGUUAAUUAAGAGUUACAAAAACAACGGCCUCUUCCCGUACAUAUCUGUGUUGUACUCGUUCUGAUAUCUAAUUGUAAGUGUCAGGGACAAUCUCACGGGAAUUGUGCGUGUUCGCGUGGAUAUUAACAUCGGCGGCACUUUUCCAGCCUGCGGGAAAGCGGUCUCGCGUUUCGGCGACGUGAAUCGAUCUCGCGUCCAUUCGAAAAUUUAUCUCAGGUUUGCGAUCCAGCAAAGUUGUGCCAUUUGGUGCUAAAAGCGAUAGAACCGGCCGAUGGAGGUCUAAUUUAAAUGGACGUACGAUCGAGUCGCGUCGUCGUAUACUCUAUAAUCUGAAACGUCGCGCGAAGAAGAGGAAGGAAGCAGCCAGUUGCCCUUUCGCUCACUACUCACGAUCGCGAUCGUGAACGUUAUAAUUUCCAUCCCCGAUCGGCCUAAAAUCAUGUUCGAAUGUAUCGCGAAGGGAUCGGACGGGCAUGCGUCGACCCACACACGAAUGCUUGAUCCUCGUAGAUGCGCGAUUAAUUGUUACAUACAUACGUACGCCUAAGUACUGAUCGUUCAAACUGGUGAUUUGUAAAACGCGUAAUUAAAGCGAAGCGAACGAGAGGUGAGUGGGAAAGCGAAAAGCGGAAACCGAGACGGACGUACGUGAGAGAUCUUAAACGAGUUACAAUAAUCAUUCGGGACCCAAAAACGAUUUCGGCCGCAGAACACCAUUAGGGGCUGAUAGUUAGAUGUGUUUAACGUGAACUACCUUACAAAAAUAAUUAAUUCUCGAAGCCGACCGAAAGCGAUCCUCUGAUCGCUCGCGGUGUGUCCUCUUUACGAUUAGGAGCAAGUGCUUUGGUUAAUCUUCUCCUCGCGUUCUACGGCACUGUCGUUACCACCUCGACCUGACUCAAGAUUCCACGUACCGAAGCAAUCGGACUGUCCUUUCCGACAUUCUCCGGAUUUCGUCUUUCUCAUGUAUCACGUAGGAUUUAGCGAUAGGCGCGCUAAGAAAUUCUGCCAUUUUCUCAUCAGCCAUAGGGAUGGCAGUUUAAAAGAAAAGAGUAUCACGAGUGUACAGUACGCUCAUACUUCUCGAUCGUGACACGUUGUGAGCUCUAUCAAUCUUAACAAUUUAUAUUCACGGAACAAAAUAAGUGGUACAUAUCACGUAUUGGUAGAAAUCGCAAUAUUCGCUCGUUCGUAAAAUGAAAAAUGAUUGAACUCCAUCAUCCUCCGUUGAAUAUCGACUACUAUAAUUAAUAUUAGGCAUAAGUUGACAUUUGUUGAACAUAUGAGAAACGCGUCGGACAUAUUUUUAAACGUUUCUGCUCUAAGCCGAGGAGGAAAUCCGUGACUACGCGCAACUGAUAAUUUCAAACUACAAUCGUAUCUUCCAGUAAAGAUACACGAUUUUAAUUUGUUAUGUUUCAAUACGAAAAAUCCCUAUUUGUGCGAAUAACACGCAAAUGGCUGACAACGUGUCGAGGGAUAUCGGAGAGUAUCAGCGCAAGAAGACACAUAUUAUGGCCUUGUAAAGUCUUGUAUAAAAGAAAGGGGGCAAGCGUUUCGGCGGUUCUUCUCGCUUUGUCAUUAGAAUUAUUAGAAACUUUAGGAUUCUUACAAUUUGCGAACAAUCACCGUGCACGUGCGCGUUUUCAUGAAGAAAGCAGUUCGCGGGAGAGAAAGAGAGAAUGAGAAUGAGAGAGGAAAAAAGUCGCGACGUAACGGAAGGGACACCCUUAACGUAGUUAAAAAGACGUAGAUACGAUUACGUGUCGUCAUAUACCGAAUUCAAUGUGAUGUUCCCUGCAUGUUGAGUGUUGAUCGUCGCGCAUGUGGAUUAGAAUCACAGCGUGUGGUAGAAAUUUACGGGUUAAUCGAGUAUGGAUAAUUAGCAGUUAAGUGAGCUGCGAUCUACUUUCUAUUGGUUCCGCGGCAUUAGCGAUUACGUAGUACUCUUGAUUGACGUUAUUCAAUGAUUAAGCGUCGGUUCAUCGACGAUGCGAGGAAAUUAUUAGUGUUCCCGGACUGCGAGGUACCCCGUGAUCUAAGAAUGAUUUCAAAGUUUAUCUUGUAAAAACGAAGGCGAUUGAUUGAAUUGUUUUACCACUGAGGGUUCUCGGAGAGUGAGUGAAAAGAAAAAAAAGCUAAAAAGAAAAAUUCGCUUGAAUGAACCACGCAACCUGAUAAUUUAAUAGAUAAUCUCUUAAGAUUUUUCGUUUCCGAGAUAAACUUUUAAUGGUAAAACACUCGAAGGCAGUUUUCAACGAUAAAGCUCGGAGCUCUUACGUUCAGCGCAAAACAAGAAAAUAAAUGUAAAAACUGUCUCGGAAGUUCCUCGCAAUCGAUGAAUCAGAGUUUCUCCUACUAAUUGGUUAACCGAUUGGCUUUAACUAAUUAGUUAUAUCGCUGACGGAUGCGAACGAGGACGAGCGAGCUCUUGAACCUUUCUUUUUCCUUUUCCUUCUUCCUCGUUCGCGUCAUCGAAGAAAAAAGUACGUAGGUACCUUAUUUAUAACUUCAAUAACAUUUUCUACAAGGGAAAACCAUGAAAAAAAUGGAUUUUUCUAUUAUAAAGGUAUUGACGAAUGACCAAGCACUAGAGGCGGUCGUCGUUGAAGAAGACUUUGAAGUUUAUGUCCCUUUCGCGAUAGCAUUCACUGUCUUAUGACCUUUUAUUAUCACGCGUAUUUAAACGUCUUAUUUCAUUCUAGAACACGUGUAUAUUGCACGAGGUAUAUCUUAACUAUUAUUAUUCCAUAACGAUGGAAUAUGCUGAGUUAUUGUUGAAUAUAUUUGGUUGAGCCGUUAAUGAUUUUUGAUCGAUGGCAAAUCGAUGGGUGAAAAAGAAAGUAGAAGUGUAAGGGUUGUGAUUAAAUAAUGACGUAGCGAUUAGACACUUUGAUUCAUUUCUCUCGUGAAAAGUCAUAUUUUUCUACGCACGGGAAGUUCUAUUAUAGCGAGUUACAACAAAUUAGAAACGUGUAUGUUACAAUCGAGAAAAUAAUAAGAGAGAGAUCAUCUGUGAGACUUAUGAGAAAGCGAUCGCGAGUACCUUCGAUUGGCCAACGAUUAAAAAAUUGUUAAUGAAUAUUAUCGCAGCAUAUGCUUCGUAUUUCAGAAUUAAUUUGUGAAAGAUCAAAAUCAUACGAUGCGUUCGUGUUAAAGAAUGAUGCGCAUAAGAGGAUGAUAUAGAGAGACAUAUAAGAACGAGGAGUGCCAGAAUGAAUAAACGUGCAACUUUAUGAAAAAAAAAAUAAUAACUUGUAACAUAAAUGAAUAAAAAGAAAAAAGAGAAGCCGAAUAGUCGACUUCUGUCUGCCUCUCGUUAAAUUUUUAGUACCAAUCUGUGUGCAGCGAAUAUUCGUCAAAUAUUAUUUGAAACUUUAUUGUUUAAGAAAUAAUUUCAUUCAAAACUCUGCUGAAUUCUUAAGUAGUCCUUGCAUAAACGCUCGUAAAAUUCUUCAAAAAUUUCUUUCCACAAAGGGAAAUUUUUAAAUUUCAAUUUGUUCGAAAAAUUUAAUGUCAAAACUUAAUAUGUUAUUUGUGUCGCUUUUCUCUUUACACAUCAGACGUCACGUGUAUUCGUGUAUCGAGUAGUACUAACAUAAAGGCGUAUAGGAUUGAGAAAUGAAAUUUUCUUCGGAGACGAGGGAGUCGAAUAUUUUUCGUGUAGAAUGUUUAAGGCUCGCGGAAGAAGUUCGCUUCCUCCUUCGCGAACAAGUCUAUUCGUUCCAAUUGCAAUCUCUACGCUUUUACCCCCUUUCUCUUUCUCCAUCCGAAACCUAAUUACUAUAUCGAUUAUUCCAUUUUAAAUGUAGAAAAUGCGAAGAAUGCAAAUGGAACGAGCAGACCUUAUAACAGCGAUAAUGGACUCGAAAGAUGACUGAAUCUUUGUAGUACGCACAAUGUUUUUGUGUUUAUACAUAUAUCUGUGCAUAUACGCAUAUGCGUGUGUGUAGUGAAAACUCACAAGUAUCUCGAUUUGUUCGUUCUACUCUUCUUUGGGGAAAUUUGCAAAUCUACGCAAAUUUUUCUUACUUUGUCACAUCAUACAUACAUCAUGUAUACAGACAUAUGCAUAAACACAAAAAUAAGAAAAAUGGUGUAUAAACCGAACGUUAGGUUAAUACAAACGUGAAAGAAGUGGAAUCGAAUUGCUGCUCAUUCCUGUAAUUAUCAGCGACUUGUUCCGUUCUCAUGUAAAGCACCAAAAUAAUAAAUGGUAUUUUUUGUCGACGUAA